CCAUCUCGGCCAAGUCAAGAAUUUUAGAUUUCACUCAUAAGACACUUUGAUUUAGGAUUAUAAAAAUGUAGUUCGAAUUUAUGUCAUUUAACGCGGCAGGUACGAUUUCCGUUUCCUUCUUUCAUGCGAUUAAACCAUACAUGUUAUCGUUAAUCGAUUACUUAUCACAAUCAGCUGAUGGCUGAUGUUGACUGUUUUAACAAAACGUAAACAUUGAUUCUAUCCGGUUUAUUAAUGAAUUUGUGAAUAAAAAAUAAGUGAUUAACUAAAAAAAAUAAAUGCAUUUGUAGAAAAUUGUUGUUAUUUGAAUACAGCUGACGUGGUGCGGCUUAUUGCUCAGGCUUGAAAUUCCUAAAAUGUGGAUAAUAAAUGCAAUUAUUGUGCAUUUACUGUUGCUCGGUUCGAUAUUUGUCAUAUAUUUCCGUUCUCCAAUCAUUACUGGUCUCCAGCCGCAAGAGUCAAUAUACCUGGAGGCGCCUGCAAAGCGGCUUGUGCUCAUUGUGACAGAUGGCUUAAGAGCAGAAUCAUUCUUUCGUGACGGUUGCAAAGAUAUACCACAUUUAAGUAAAAUAAUGUUAAAAACUAAUGGCUUAGUUGGUGUAUCACAUACACGUGUGCCAACCGAAUCGCGGCCAGGACAUAUAGCGCUGAUUGCUGGUCUCUAUGAAGAUCCCUCUGCGGUUACACGCGGUUGGAAGCGUAAUCCUGUCGAUUUUGAUAGUGUAUUCAAUCGCAGCAGUCGCACAUAUGCCUGGGGUGCAGCAGAUGUCUUACACAUCUUUUCACGCGGCAUAGAGAGUGAACAACGUUUACUAAUUGACGCAUAUGAUCAUGAACUCGAUUUCUCCGGUCGUGAUAAAACAUAUGAAUUAGAUGAAUGGGUAUUCAGACGUGUACGUCAACUGCUUACGCGGAAACGUGCAGAUUUAGUUGAGCAAGAUAAAAUUAUUUUCUUUUUGCAUUUGCUCGGAUUGGAUACAGCUGGACAUGUGCACAAGCCGGGUACACCUAAAUUUUUGGAAAAUUUACAUCGUACCGAACGCAGUAUAGCGGAGUUUUAUGAAGAAUUCGAACGCAUAUUCCCUGAUGGGCGGUCAGCAUAUGUGCUCACCGCUGAUCAUGGCAUGACAAAUGCAGGUUCACAUGGCGCCAGCGACACAUAUGAAACUGAAACACCAUUCUUCCUUUGGGGCGCUGGUAUUGCUAGGAAUGCAAGCUUUAAAAAUGUUUUCAAAAUUGGAAAAGACUUAACACGGCCACUAUACGAUAUGCAACAAGCGCAAAUAGCGCCACUUAUUGCAGCUUUAAUAGGUACCGCGCCACCUAUGAAUAAUAUAGGCAUAUUACCGCUAGAAUACUUAAACGUAUCGUUAGAAUAUCAAGCGCAUGCCGCACAUAGUAACGCUCUACAGCUAUUAGCACAAUUCCAAGCUUUAUUGGCAACUCAUCAACGUGGUUUCUUCUCAAGUUUCUUAUUAAGCUUUAAAGAACUUGAUGCAGAUAUUAUUGCACAUUAUGUGGCAAAUAUGGAAAUCAUAUUGAAAAAUGGCCAAUUCGAAAGAGCCAUAAUUUCAAGUAUUGGUAUAAUGCAGUCAGCCCUAAAGGGGAUUGAGUAUUAUCAAGGCUAUUAUAGGCGCCCACUACAAUUAUGCACCACUGCUACAUUUAUUUGCUGGAUAAUCUAUUGCCUGCAAGUGCUAUUGGGUCAACGACCUUUAGUGAAUAGCUAUAAAAGUAACUUAAUGCUGACAUUUAAACAAAAACUUAGUUUAAUAACAGUCUGUUUUUUCCUAUUACUACAACGCGUGCCAUUUGUGGUAGGAUUUUACCUUCUAUUACCUUUCUUGGUUUGGUUGUUACUUGUGCAGAAGCAACGCUUGUCCUUAAUGCCACUACUACGAGCAAUGCCAUUAAUCCAUUUGAUAGCCUUAGUUCUAUGUGCUGAACUAUUUGUUUACAGCUUUUUUGAACGUAGACUUAUUUCUUUGGGCUUUCUUAUUUAUACGUUCUUCAUAAAUCUACGUGCUUUUCCCGUGAAAAAUCUAAAAUUUUACAUAUGGUUAGUAUUAACUAUUGUUUUGGCCAUAUUUCCCCUGCUGCCGCCAUCUGUUGGCUACUCAAAUUUAUGGCUGUUACUCUUGGGUAUGUGCAUAACGGUACUGCGUCCACUUGUUGUUAAAUCACAUAUGCCUAGGUAUGUAAAAUUGACGGUUAUCGUAUGUAUAUGCAAUGCGUUCUUAGUACGAUAUCAGCAUGCGCAACAAGGUGGUGUAUUCUUCCUCUCGCAGACACUUUCAUGGUGUUUUCUUAUAUUUGUAUGUCUUGCAAUAUUUUACCAUAAAACACAUGUCCUGAAACAACGAAUUGAAUAUAUAUUUUUCCUUUUAACCGCACUAUACACAAUAUUUUGCACGUCAUAUGAGUCCCUAUUCAUUGUUAUGUUAUCAUCGGAGUUAAUGCUCACGCUCUCAGUACAACAAAUGCAAUUACCUCUAAUCAAAGAUGAAAGGCUGUUGUCCGCACAAAAGCCACAAGUCGUUUGCACACCCCAACAAUUACAAGAAGCGCUUAAAUUAUCUUUUGCCAUACUCUUAUACACGCUCUUCUCUUUCUUCGGCACUGGCAACAUAGCCUCUGUGAGCUCCUUCGAUACCAAUAUUGUACUUUGCUUGUUAAGUACCUUUGCGCCAUUCAUAAUUAUGUGUUUGGUCAUAUUGAAAUUAAUCAUACCUGUUGUAUUAAAUAUAUCGAUUAUUUUCGGUAUGUCGAUAUUUGCCCGCGCCAAUGAGCAAGCACUAUUCAUUUGUUUGAUGUUAAUUUGUGAUGUGAUGGGUUUGAAUUUUCUAUUUUUGGUUAGAAAUGAAGGCUCAUGGCUGGAAAUAGGCACAUCCAUUUCACAUUUCGUCAUAAUGGAAGUGACCACAGUGGUUUUGGUGAUUUUUACCUAUUUUGCCAAGUUGCUGUUACGUUUAAAUGAGAAGAGUGAGUGUUUGUAAUACAAACCUGGAAGGUGUUGAGCA